AUGAAGGGGCCAGCAGGUAGAUGGUGGAAUACGGAGUCUACGUAUUUCACUAACCGAGGGAUUCCAAAGGAUUGGCAACAUUUCAAGACAGCUUUCUUGGAGAAAUACUAUCCCAACAGUGUGCGUGCUUUGAAGGAGCGUGAGUUUCAGUCCUUCAAACAAGGCAACAUGUCGGUGUCUGAAUAUGCUGAGGAGUUUGAGGACAUGGCUGCCUAUUCCAGACAAGCAGCUUAUGCACCAGAUGAGUUGUGGAAGAUUGAUCAGUUCCUCAUGGGGCUGAAUGCUGAUAUUGUACACAGUGUGUCUCAAAGGGAGUUUACCACCUAUGCUGAGUGUUUGAGGCAAUGCUAUGUUGGUGAGAACACGUUGAAGAGAGUUCAAGAUGAAAGAGAACACAAUAAGUCGGUUCGUAGGGAACAAGGAAGGUCGGGACAACAAUUGAAACCCCGCAAUUCUCCAGCUAUGAAGAAACAUGUUUAUGGGGAUCGUUCUAGUCAACCUCCUCAGUGUGGAAAGUGCAAUAGGAGGCACUAUGGGAAUUGCUCAUUAGAUGCAAAGAAGUGUUUCAAGUGUUGA